AUGGGGUCAUAUCAUGUGUGGGAAGCUGAAGCUGCUUUCGAUCCAGAGCAGCCAUUCUAUUCGAAUGCUCCACCAUGUGCGCCGAUAAUGGCACAUAACAGUGGCAGAUAUGACCCAUUCACCGAGUGCACUCCUGUUUUCUACCUCACGAAAGAAUUGACUCCCGAGAAAGAUAUUGCAGUCAAAGCCGCUAUUUACAAAGAGGACCCGGGCUAUGGGAAUGGAUUUGGCGAAUCGGAAUAUUCAGACUUUGAUGAUGAGUAUGAGGGUGACUGGGGAGAUAUAGGCAAUAGGAAACGAAAAGACUCUCGGUUUGUGCCAUGGGAGGACGAUGAUGAUGCAAGCCUAGAUGAUAUUUUCAAUAUUCUUGUCGAUGUCUACAAUUAUCUAGAAAUGGGCCGCCAAUGUCUUAACAGCUUUUAUAUUGACCGGGAUUCUCCUACAGAUGGAUGUCUGCUUCUAGUCCAGGCCGACUUCUAUCUCUCCGAAAAAAACUACACAACUGCGAGGCAUGAUUGCACCCACUCUGAGAGAAUUCCGAUAUAUUCGGAUUCCCGCAGAAAAAGCCCAUAUUGCAACUGA